AUGGCUGCAUCCUUUCCCACCUUUACAAUCAACCUCGGAACCAAGUGGUACCUCCGCAACUUGACACAGAAAGAGUACAUCUGCAUGGAGGCUAUCGUUACAGCCGAUGGGGAGGUCACUAUUUCUUUCAUAGAAACUCAUUGGCUCACAUUGGACAUCUUACUCCUAUGGCUGAUUAGCUGGAGGGGAAAAGAUGGCAACGACAGUUGGUCCUGGGAACAGCUCAGGCAGUUCGAGGGUAUCACGGAUGAAGGUCUUGGGGAUAUAAUGAUAGACCCAACCUACGGACCUCUCGAUGAUGAUUUCUGGCCAAUUUGGGCCGGUAAUUGGGCCGGUCACAGCCUGGACGUUGUGGCUGAUGAAGUCCUCGAGGAGUGGGUCGACCGAAGCGACAUGAUUAGAUUGCUCUCGGGUAAAGUGCUACGGACUUUAUAUGGACUUGCCAUGGCGGAGGUGGGAGGCGCAGAAAGUGCAUAUUGGGCUAACAUAUUUGAGCAAAGUGGAGGGGUUGUGGAUUUGCAACUGAGGGAAACCGAGGCCAUGAUAUCUGCUCAACUACCUAUCCGACGUCUAAUUGGACUAUUAGAAAAUAAGCAAGGGUGA